AUGUCGAUGCUGAUUUCCGAUGACGAUGUUGAUGGCCUGGACUUCGAAUCGAUCGAUCUUGAUGAUGAAGAACCGCGUCCGAGACACUUCAAACAAACAGGAAAGCGCAAGGCCCAACCCAGUCACGACAAUGACGACGCAAGCAUGCCCCGAGCAGUGCGCCAACGACCCGGAUUGGAAGAGUCAAGUGCGCCGGAUGACCUCUCUUCACGUCGAGCCAACGAAGAUGAAGAAAGGAAGUCGGAGGAACAACAUGACACACCGACUUCCUCCGCGUUUUGGCAUGCGAGUGCAAACGCCGUCGAAGCAGCGGUCGAUUUUUCGGAGCCGUCGACAUUUGAAGAAGCAGUGUCUGGCCCGGACCAAGUACACUGGCGCAAGGCAAUUGAUGCGGAGCUCGAUUCGAUGAAGCUUCGCGGUGUCUUUCGUGCGGCCAAGUUACCCAACGGACAAAGCGCCAUUGGCACAAAGGUUUUCGCCAAAAAGUAUGGCAUCGACUACACGGAGACGUUCUCGCCCGUGGUCAAGUAUGUGACGCUGCGAAUGGUCAUCGCCAUUACCAAGCACUUUGGAUGGCCCCUCGACCAGCUCGAUGUGGUGACUGCGUUCCUGUAUGGAGUGAUGAAGGAGAAGGUGUUCUGCGCUGUUCCGGAAGGCGUCAAGAUGGAAGAUGAUUUCGACUGUCUCGAGCUGAUCAAGGCGAUCUACGGUCUCAAGCAAGCCUCGCGUGUUUGGAACGAGACCUUCGACGAGAUUAUUGAGGGUUACCGGUACAAUCCGAACCUAGCGCGUAGUUCUUACGAGAUAGUUUUUACAUCGGUAAUUACCUCAGAGAUGAUUAGACGCGUAGGAUGA